AAAAAAAAUAAAAACAGAAAGAUCCAGUUAGAUCUAAUGAUGCUGUUUUCUUGAUAUUAUUAUUAUAAUUUAUAGGAUACAGUUACAGACGUUACUUCAAAAAAAGAAUAUCUUUAUCGCAGUUACAGCACUUUCAGACAGUGUGCACUGUGUCUUCUGUGUAGUGUUACUUUCCAACUGGAUUCCAAGUUACAAAUAAAACGAUCCAGAACCAGGGCAUCUCAGAUUCAUUGUGACUUAAUUUAAAAGUAAACCCAGUUCUAUAUCUUGUUUAGAUCUAGAGUAUUCUAGAGUCUGGUAUAAAAGUCUGGUUUCAUAAGUUCAUAGUCCACAUUAAAGUCAUUUCAGAUCUCAUAACUGAUGACGCAUGUUGAAUUCAAGACAACAUGGAUGAGAUUGUUAGAAUUCGUGCAGUCUUACAUCAGCAGCGAGACAGAGUGCCAUUUGCCCCAAUGCAACAUUUCCAACAAGAGCUUGGCUUUGACCAGUUAAUUAACAACAGGGGAAGAGGAAGAAUUUAUCGUUAUCAAGGUCCUCAUCCAGCUCGCGUCGUGGGGCAAGGUAUUGCUCGUUAUGAGCCAAAAUUUCAACGAAUUAAAAUUGAAGAUGAUGUAUUAAGUUAUAACAGUGAAUCAGACGAUUUGCCUGGUGUAUACAUUGCUGGACACAGUAUUGAUUAUUACAGUAACUACUUUGAAAUAGAAGUUUUGGAUGUUGGGGAAACAAGUUCCAUAUAUAUUGGCCUUGUUUCUGACGUUGCCUGUCUCAGUUCUCCUCCUGGAGUUGAAGCCAAUUCUGUAGGCUAUAUGGCAGAGAAUGGCAGGUUUUUUAUUAAUUAUGGACGUGGCAAUUCUGAUACCAGCCAGUAUGGCCCAGUAUGUGGGAUGGGAGACAGAAUGGGUGUGGGUGUACGCCCUGUGGAUGAUCCUGCUGGGGGUGACAGGCACAGCUCUAGAAUAUUCUUUGCACGCAAUGGACAAGAGAUAAAGAGCUUUGAAUUACCUCUAAAACCAUAUCAGCUUUUUCCUGCUGUCAGUAUGCAAUCAGAGGGGGAAGAAGUUAUUCUCAGGCUAGAUGCACAGUGGAAUCCUGAUGACGUGACACAAAUGGUUGUAGACUGUGGAGAGGAGGACUGGGUUCGACUAGAAGAUGUCAGACUUAAUGGAACUACAUUGGAAUAUACUGGACGAGGGAGGACAAUACGUGAUGUAGGUCUUGCUCAGGCCAAAUACCCACUGAACACAACAAACCACUAUUUUGAAUUUGAGAUUGUUGACCCUGGGGACAAAUGUUAUGUGGCAAUAGGACUUGCCAAACAGAAUUAUCCAAUGAGAAGACAUCCUGGCUGGAACAAUGGAUCUAUAGCCUAUCAUGCAGAUGAUGGUAAAUUAUUUCAUGGUUCUGGUCUUGGAGUUCAUUUUGGUCCUAAAUGUUCUAUGGGUGACACUAUGGGUUGUGGCAUCUACUUCCCUCCUGACUAUGACCAUGACGCUGAGUCACAGAUUAAUGAGGAGGAUGAGGAGGAGGAUAGUGUGGGACAAAAUGAGGAUGACUGUGAUGAUGAUGAGGAAGGCGAUGGUCAGCUGGAAGACCUACUUGGACUGGGAGACUCUGAUGAAGAUGAUCCAUUCUUCAGGCCACCCAAGAAAAGACAACAGAAAGGAAAGGGAGCCAAAGUUACUGUUUUUUUCACAAGAAAUGGCAAAGUUGUAGGCCAUAGAGAAGUGAUUGUACCCAAAGGUGGUUUCUACCCAACUAUAGGCAUGCUGAGUUGUAAUGAGAAGGUCAGAGUGGAUUUACACCCACUGACCGGUUAGCCUUCCCUGACUGUGAAUUUGUCAUUUUUAUUGUCCAUCCCAGUGCUAGACAUAAGAGACUGCUGAUUAAUCUCAUCUGCUGGUGGCAGAGACAUAUUCUAAAAACUUCUGCUUCCUGUCAAUGUUUGAAGUCCUGCUGGAUGUUUGCCUACACAUCAUGACAUCACAGUUCAAGUUUCACCAUCUUCACUGUCAAUAAAAGCAGUAUUGUUGUUGUCCUGAUUGUUCUGGAGAACUGGGAAGAAUGAAAGAAACACCAUAUCAAGUCUUAUGUUAAACAGUCUAGUGUAUUUAUUAAAGUCUGUAGAGUCUAGUACUAGUAUCCCAUACUUGUUACUUUUUUUUUUUUUUUUAUCCUCUCUAAAUCUGUUUUGUGUUGUCACACAGACUUUGUCCAGUACCAUCUUCUUUCUCUGAUUUCAUUCACUGCUUGAGAGUCUUGCAAUGUCCAGUUGCUGUCAAGCUCGCUUCUCUUUGAAAGUGUGGUGAAUGUAAAAGUGACACAUACUAUCAACCUACUUCACCAACCUGUCACCAGCCCUGAGACUGAAAACCUGGGAAUUGGGGGGGGGGGGGGGGUAGGGGCAAAGUAAUUGUCUAAAAUGUUUAAAUUUAUGUCCGUGUUGUAAUGAUUCGAAUUUCCUCCUGGACUGCCCCACUUCAGCAGUUGUGUGUCUCUAGAAUGGUUAAGCAGAACAGAUAACUGGACAAUGCAUGCUGACUUCUUGCCCUAGACAAAACAUAGAACUUUUCUUUUUAUUGUUUAACUUUUAACCUUUUUUGAAUUAGCCAUGUGCGCAUUUUUAAGUACGAAAUUUGUCUGCUGAAUGAUAGAUAUGAUCCGGCCAUCUUAUUUUUAAAAUGUCUUUAUAAUCUAUUUGUUCUAUUACUCUGUAUUAUAUUUUUACUCACAUUGUGAUAGCGUAACGACUGUAUAUCACUUAGUUUGCUUUGAUUGAUUUAUUUUUAAAUCCUGUAUGUGAUGAAGACUGUUUCUUUCAUCUAACAUAUUUUAAUAACUUGUUUUGUGAGUUUGGCAUUCAAACUGACCAUUCAGAGUGCUUGUCUAAAUUCUGUUUUUAAACUAGUUAUAUCCAAUAACUCCUCAAAUAUUUAACUUUUUCAUGUAUUUUAAACUGACCAUAUGGAAUGUUUGUCUUAGGAAAGUUUUGAAAUUGAACUUACAGAAUGCUUGUCCAAAGUUUUGUUUGUUUUUAGAAUGAACUAUUGUGUUAAAAUGUUCAGUUUGGUUGUUUCCGGGGCUGGUUAAUCUCCCCUUUGCUCCAUGGGAAGUGAUAUACAUGUUGUAUAUAAUAUGCGUCAGAAUUGAAUUUAUUAUGUCUACAUUAGGCUGUACAUACAUUUAUCUUUGGAAAAAAAAGUGUGUGACUUCUACCCUGGCUUGACCGCUGGUCAAAGGUCAAAAUUAUGUCAACUCUGAUGGUCUUUCAUUAUAUUUAUUCAAUGUUUGAAAUGGUUAGGAUUUAUUGUUCAUUGUACUGUACAUAAACAAAAAAAUGAAGAGUUUUUUUUUUUUUUCUUCUUCUUCAAUGUUGUGUACAUAGAGAAACUUAAAAGGACCUGAUGAACUGUGAGAGCAUGACGGUCAAAAAGAAUUGACAUGUUGGGUGGAGGGGGGGGGUCUAGUUUUUUAUCCUGAGAUAUGAGUUGGAAAAUGGGGGGGGGGGUGUCUACAUCAUCUUGUUGAAUCAUUCUAAAGAUUAUAUAUCUCAUUCAGUAAGUGUACUUACUAACACUUUAGUGCUGCUAUUGAUGUCUUCUGCCACUGUGUGGGUUAAAGUGCAAAGAUGAACAGUUUAAAAAAUAUUACUAUUCGUGUGAGUUCAAUUCUGUUUAGGCCUGAUAGUUUAAAGAAGUGCUACAUUUACAAAUUUUAAAACCAAGAUCUCAUUCUCUUGAAAAACCCAGAUGUUCCAUACGAUUAUAGAUUAUUGGUUGAGAGCAAAAUCUUGCUAAGUGAAUUUAAAAAGACUUCAAACUGGACUAAUGCUGUUAUUGUUUUCUGCGUUUUUCCUAAAUGUCUGACACUUGGCCUUAUAUUUGUUUGUAAAUGUACCCAUCAUCCUGAAAUUUGAACUCAAUGUUUUAAAUAAAAAGAAACAAAAUUUACAAUAAAAUUUAUUUUUUAUUCAAAACUUCUUCAUUGAUUUAAUCAUUGGACCAUUAAAUAAUCUCCCUUGAUUGUGACUAUGGCCACAAUUUGAAAUAAAAUCAUGACUGACCAGACUUAGUAAACUGCUAUUCCUUGGCUAUCUCCCCAUGCACAGUUGAGUGAAUGGAGUCAAAAAAGUGUAAUCUAUCACCAUUUAGCAGUAAAAAUGGCAGCACUCAUUUAAGUUUUUGUUUUCUAUUUUGAUGCUUGGAAUGUCUUACUAAAUGACAUUGAUCUUAGACAUCUACGAAUGUGUCUACCAUCACUUCUGUCCUUUACUCAUGUUUCUAUUUCAUUUUAAUCUAGGAGUUAAAAAAUACAACACACAAAAAUAACUUUUUUUUUAUCUGUCUUAAUUUUUCAUUAUUUUUUAUUUUUUUAAUAUCAGAUUUGUUUUGUUUCAUAUAUCAGUUUUAAUCAAAGUUGUGAUUUGAAAAGAUUUUCUUUACUUCCAUGAGUUUCCACUCAUUGAAUAUUCUGUGAAUUAACAAAAAAAAAUUAGUGCUUUUUUAUAAAUUGUUUCACAACUGGGAUGUUUUUUAUUAUUAUUUUUUCCUAUUUUCAUAGUUGCAGCUCACACACAUACACAUUUUUAUUUUGUAUUAAGUUCAUUGUGACAGAACUUCUGGUUCAUUGUGACAGAACUUCUGGAUUGUUUGUUUAGUUGGUUGUUAAUUUUUUUUUUACACUUUUUUUUCCAAGGCUGAAUUAAAAAGUUUUUAAUAUUAAUUUGAGGGAACUUGAGACUUUCAUACUUUUAAAAUUUCAAUGGCUUUUUUUCUAUUUCUUUACUCACACUCCCCUGCUUGUACUUUAACCCUAGAACACCUGAGAAAGGCCUGUAUGAGAUCACUUUUUUUUUGUGGACUUUUAUUUUGUCCAGAAGAUCACACAUCUCCUGUUUGACUAUCACACAUCUCCUGUUUGACUAUCACACAUCUCCUGUUUGACUAUCACACAUCUCCUGUUUUAACUAUCACACAUCUCAUGUUUGACUAUCACACAUAUCAUGAAAUGACUGGGAAAUUAGAGCGAAAAAAAGGUAGCUUCUCAUUGAGAUGGCCACUAUAUGAAUGUAUUUGAACUUUAUAUAGUUAGGAUUCCUGAUUGGUUUCCCCUGCUAUUAUUUCUGCUCCAUCAUUCUCUAAAAUCUACACCAGAGAUAACUCUUGCAAAUUAUAAAGUCUUCUAGAGAGUUGUUUUCCCAUGCAAUUUAGUCAAAGCAGACCAUAUCUAAUAUACAAAGCACAAUGUAAGGAGUAUGUAUGUAUGUAUGCAUGUACCGUAUAGAAAUCAAAACCAUUUGACGAAUCUUGAUCAAACUUGGCAGGAUUGUUCCUUAGACCAGAGCAGAGACGUAGCAUAGGUUUAAUAUCCCUCCCAAAACCAAGGGGCCCUAAAAAUAGCUAAAUACCUAAAUUUAUCCCUAUUAAAAUAUUCCAGAACAAAACCCAUUUUCACGUAUCUAAAUCCAAUCAACUAGAUUAGUAAUAGGCAAACUAAGGUCCGCAGGCCGCGGGUCAUAUCCAGCUAGUCAUUUAUAGUUUUCAUUAAGUAUGAUCACUAGACUAUCAAGUUCUUUAGAGAAAAUCUUUGUUGUAUAGACUUCACCAAACUAAUAGAUUGACUUCUUGUUUCCUCAUGACCCUGUAUUAUGUCUUUUAAUUUCCUUCAUCAAUGUCUGCUUUCACUUCAAUGGGAGUCACUUCUUUUUCCUUUUUAUUGAAUCAGAAAAAUAUUCAGCACAAAAUACGUAAGAAAAAGAAAUGAACGAUAAUAAAACAAUGAAAUUAUUUUAACAUUGAAAAAAAGUUUGAAAUAUUUCUUUUAUUUUGAUCUUGUAACUUGGUGUGUGCAUGAAGGGGAAAGAAUGGAGGAUAAAAAUAGACUAGGAGAGAUUGUGAAGGUUGAUUACUGAAUCAUAAACCUUCUUUUAAUUAUCUUAGAUACAUUGUCUAAAGUAGGAGUCAAUGGGUUUUAUAAAUCUUCCACUCAGAAGUCCAAAUGAAUGAAUCAAAGAUUUUUAGUGUCAAAUUUGUAUCACUUUUUUUUUUCUUGUUACAAAUCAUAAUGAGUAACCUGACAUCUGAACUCUUUGAGAGUUAGCUACUAGUUAAUGUUUCAUAGGAAAAAAACAACUGUUCUGAUGGUAAUACAAAAUGGAACAUCCAAUAAUAUCAUUGUGGUAGGCUGAAUAAAGCUUUUGAUAUUAAUUUGAGGAAACUUAAGACUUUCAUACUUUAAACAUUUCUAUUUCCUUGAAUCAUCCUCCCCCACUUCUUCUUUAACCCUAGCACCCCUGACAAAAAAUGUAUACAUACUAUUACAUAGCCACUUUAAUCCCCUGACUGUUUAUUUCUCAAUAUUUCAAUCACCACUUCAGAAGGGAUUGUCUUUUUUUUUUUUUUUGUCUAGUUGGCUUUUUUUUUUCUCCUUGUGGUUUGUUUUAAUAACAAAAUUUAUAUUUAUGUCACUUUUAACUUUUUAUUCAUAUGUUUGUGUGAUUUUUAUUCAACAGUAAAUCAGAAAUUAUCAAUUACAAUUUAGACAGUUGAAAAAAAAAUACUUAUUUGAAUUUUGUUUUCCAUUUUUGCAUAUUUCAAAACCUUUUUUUUUAUUGGAUGGAAAUUUCAUUGUUUAGAUUUGGUAUGUGAACCCAAAUAAAAACUUUGCUCAAACUGGCUCCAGAAUGUGUAGUGCAAGAAGCUCUGCUAUGCGAAUAGGUGUAGAUACAUUCAUGGAAAACAAACUAAAUUUCUUCUUCACAACAAAUGUGUAAAGAAUCAUUUAUUAAUAUAGUAAACAAUUUUACAGAUUCCAAAUAGAUUGGUAGAUUGACAGAUUAAAAACUAUAAUGUAAGUAUAAUGUAAAUAAUGAGAGAGAGAGAGUGAGAGAUAAGGUCUCCCUGAAUAUCAAACAUUUGGAUGACAGAUUUGUAUUUGACCAACUAUACUGUCAGUGCCUGUAGUUUGUCACUGAGAUACACUAUCAGGAUAUGUGUGCACACUGUAACACUU